CUAAAAACAGACACGAAGCAGAAAGUAUGGCGCGGAAAUGUGUGUGGAUUAAAUCUAAAGUCUGAAACAAAUCUGCUUUUUUGUUUGUUUGUUUGCUUGUUUGUUUGUUUUUGGAAAACCUGGUGUCUUAAUAAUAAUGGACUCACCACAGAUGGAUCGUAACCCAUCGCCGCCUCCAGACAGAGAGGAUGAGACUGGUGAAGAAGAGGAUGAUGCUAUCGGCGAUACUGUGUAUAGCAAACACUGGCUUUUUAGCACGUUAACUCGCCUUAUACAGAUGGUGUCUGAACAGGACUCGGAAGAAGGAGAGGGUCUGACAGAACUAUCUGAUGAGCUUGAGGAAGAGCUGUGUAAAGUCUGGGAUAUGGCCAUGGAUAAGGAUGUGGCUGGGUUUCUGCAGGAGUUCAAAACGCCAGAUAUCCUGCUGGGAGUAAUUGCCAAGUCACAUAAUCCACGCCUUACUGAAAUCUGUAUAGGAAUUCUGGGAAAUAUGGCCUGUUUCCCUGAUACAUGUAUGUUCAUCAGCCAGAAUGACGAACUAGGUGCUGUGCUGCUCUUACUGCUGGGUGACAGUGAUCCUCCCACACUGUUAGAGACAUGCAGGCUUCUCCUGACGUGUGUCUCUCAACCAGAUGUCUCUCCCUUGUGGCUACAGAGGAUACAGCAGCAGUCAGCUACAUGCAACAACCUGUGCUUCAUAAUGUGCAGUUCUACAAAUGUGGACUUAUUGAUAAAGGUAGGAGAACUUGUUGAUAAGCUGUUUGAUGAGGAUGAGGAACUGAUGAAGAGUUGGCUUUCUGGGCCAACUAGCAAGAGUGACCAGGACAAGGAUACACAUCAGGAUGUUGCUUCUGCAUUACUGGAGGCUGCUGUACAACUUAGGAAGGAGAGUCCAAAGGCUCUUGAAGCAUAUCUCCAUGCUCUUCAGCUCUUAACUACUGUAGAUGAAGGCAUGCAGAAUCUCGUUUCAGACGAAGGGUGUGGUGUCUCAUUAUGGAAGGUGGUGUGUGAAGUUGUGUGUGAGGAUCUCUGCCAGCUGGAUGACCCUCCUCUCAUCCUUCAGGAGCAGAAGGAACUCCUGGCCCCUGCCCUCGCUAUACUAUCUGCCUUAUACAGCAAUCUUCAGACAAACAUCAGUUCAGAGUUGGUGGCUAGUCUUCUUCGCAUCUUGUACUUUCAUCAUGAAAAUCAGCGAGAGUUGCAUCAGGAGUCAGAAGAUCCACUGACAGAUGGAAAGACGGAUGAGGAAAGAGAUGUACAGCUCCAGGUGUUGGCUGACAUAGCAGCAGAGUUACUGUCGACUCUGAUCACACAUCUGCCCAGGGGCAUUGUGUCAGAGUUGCUGAAAAUGGAUCAUCUUACAGAGAAGAUCUGGGUGUCAGCUAUAAAGACACUGUUGCCGCAGCACAGCACAUCUGUGCUGUGCUUCAUUUCCACACUGACGGAGGUAGAGCCGAAACUAGCAGACGUUAUAAAGAAGGAAUGUUCCAGUGCAUCUGAAUCAAACGAGCCUGAGCCAGAGACACGCCGGCGCGUCUCUAUCUCCUGUCAACAGUAUGACAAUGAAAGUUUCCCCUCGGCCGUCACCGUCAUGAAUCCUUCUGUUGGCCCAGAAUAGACUGCUGACGCCAUCGCACCUUUGAUUGCUCCUGUCUGUACCUUCAUGCAUUUUUCCAUGUUUUUUCCGCCUUUGUUUAGAUUGCUACUUAAAUUUCUUCUUACAUUUUAAGUCCAACGAUAAUGUUUUUUAUGUUACUAAGCAAAGACAUGCAUGUUCAAGUGGUAUGUUGAAACACUGGAUGAUUACUGCGGACUGCCAUGAGUGAUUAACUACAUAUAAAUGAAGCGUUUCUCACGCUCAGAGUUAGGCUGCAAACUGUAAUCCUCCCUGAGAAUCUUUCCAGAUCUUUAAUGCUGUGUGUACAUAAUUAUAUUAUAUAGUAAGUGAAGCAUCCAAGAUUUGUUUAGUUUCUGGCUUUAUAGCUGGUUGUAGCGAGUGUAUGUACUGUCACAGUGGGGUAGCUGAGAUUAGGAGAAUCUCCAAGCACUCUCUCUCUCUCUCUCUCUCUAUCUCUCUCUGUCUGUGUGUUAGAGAGAGAGGGAGAGAGAGUGCGUGCAUGCGUGCACGUCUAAAUCCUCUGAGCAAAAUGAACAGAAGCAAUGAUAGAUGCAUGGGUUAUGUCUUUGACAUCAAUGACAUUGUUUUUGCCACCUGUACACAUUUACAUGCAUGAAU